AUGUUAAAUUUUAAGAAUAUUUACAAACUAUUUAUUCAAGCAAAACCUACACCAAACCCAAAUUUUUUGAAAUUUAUUCCAGAUGGUAAAUAAGUAAUGCUUAAUGGAACAUAUGAUUUUUCAAGGCCAAGAGAAGCAAAAUGUUCACCUUUGGCUUAAAAACUAUUUAUGAUUGAUGGUGUGACUAGAGUAUUUUAUGGAAAAGAUUAUAUUUCUAUAUCUAAAAAGGAAGAAAGUAAAUGGGAAGAACUAAAACCAUAGAUUUUUGAACAAAUAAUGGAACAUUAUUAAUUAGAUUAAAAUGGAUAAGAAAAAUAAUUGAUCAUUGAUGGAUUUUCAGAAAAUUAAGACACUAAAGUAAACGAUAAUGAUUCAGAAGUACAUUAUUUAUUUAAAUAGGUUAUUCAAUUAAUUAAAGAAAUCAUUGACACUAGAAUAAGACCUACAGUCUAAGAAGAUGGAGGAGACAUUGUCUUUCGAGAUUUUGAUGAAUAAAAUGGAAUUGUUCAUUUAUAUAUGAAAGGUUCAUGUGCAGGAUGUCCUUCAUCUUCUGUUACUCUCAAAAAUGGAAUAGAAAGAAUGUUAUGUCAUUAUGUUGCAGAAGUCAAAGAAGUUCUUGCUUAAGAUUAUAUUGGUUCUGAUUGA